AUGUCAACUAAAUCAUGUCGUAGCAUCAACGUGUUGUCCGAGCCGCCGCUUGCAGCCGCCUUGGCUCACGGGAUUUGGUCGCUCGUGGGCCACAAAGACACCGCACUCCAAGUGACUGGUUGCGGCUCGUUUGCGGCCGUCGAAGCCCUUGGCAUGGAGAAUCCUUCGUUGCCGCCCGACGAGCUGGCUUGUAUGAUUGCUUCUGGUGGCAAGCAGCUCACAAAUCCCAAUGCACAAUGUGCACUCCUUAUCCCUCACGGGUACUCCGCACGCCGACGCCAGCCGCCACGCUACACCCAUCCCUCAUGGGAACUCCCCAAGAUAACGCCAGCUGCCGCGCUUCAUCCAUCCCUCACGGGAACUCCUCAAGCCGACACCAGCCGCCAGACCCACUCGCGUCGUUCGCCGAGCGGUCCACCUAACCGCUUCAAUCCAUGGCGCCUCAUGCCCGCCUUUCCGCCCCGCUCCAAGCUCGAGUGCGGCGGGAAACGGUCUCUCCCAGUAGGCGCGAGGCGACCUACUAAGGACACCCUAGAAAUGAGCUUCCACUCGCUUGUGGAAUCUCUCGGCGCCCACGAAAUCGCCGCAUUGGUGAUGCACAUUGUCGAAGAAGAGAUGGAUCUCUUUUCGACCUCGACCGCAGAUGAAUCAGUCCUCGAUGCUCCUUUGAAGUCCCAGACGCGGGACUCCCUGCGGUCCAACCCCUAUUACGACCUCCUCAAAGAGUUUGACGACGUCUUUCCCGACGAGGUACCCUGCCGACUUCCCAUCGACAAGGGCGUUCAACACGAGGUUGAUCUCGUGCCCGGCGCUAAGUAUUGCGUCGGCAAUGGCCACUACCUCGCGACCAAGUCGACGCCAUCGAUGCAUUCUUCACGCCCGGCAAGGCGGCGGAAGCCGGGGGAAAAAUCGCGUAUUGUACACGCCUUUAACAAAUUGAACGUGGCCACAAUUCCGGGACAGACGCCGAUGCAUCACAAGGACGUUAUUAUGGACGGCACGGGUCGAUCUACCAUUUUCUCCACCAUCGACCUCCGCGAUGGCUUUUACCAAAUCCUGAUGCGGCAUGCCACAGGGUCUAUGCAACGCCCCGGCGACGUUCAACCGCAUGUUACCGCGAAGUUCCGCGCGUUUCGCGCCUUCGCACCGUCGUACUUCGACGACAUUUACGCCGAACUUGACGUUCUCUACGGCCAUGUCCGCAGGGUGUUUGAAGUCCUCUGUGCCAACGGACUCUAUGCCAACCUCGCCAAAUGCAUGUUUGGUGUCGACGAAAUCCCAGUCCUGGGAGAUUUGGUGGGGAUGAUCUUCGUCGCUGGCUGGGCCUUGCGACGUACCUCCACAAGUACUCGCAAACAUCGCCCCGCCGUGUUUCGGCUUCUCGUCAAGGAUGCUCCUUGGGUCUGGAAUUCCGCUUGUCAGUCGGCCUUCGAAGGCCUCAAAACCAAUCUUCAACUCGCCCCGGUCUUGGUGCUCGCAGACUUCGACAAAUCUUUUUCCGUCGUUUGCGAUACUUCGCAGUUUGCCAACGGCUACUGCUUUAUGCAGCUCGAGACCUCCGGUCACCCUCGCCCGGACUCCUACCAAAGCCGUCAACUCCAUCCGGCUGAGAGGGCGUACCCAGUUCACAAUUUGGAACUUCUCUCCAUGAAGUACGCCCUAACCAAGUUCCGCAUCUACCUCCUCGAUGGUGAACCCUUCGUGGUUUACACCGAUCAUGCGUCCUUACGCACGGCGACGAACACACCGCACCUUUCGCAGCGUUUGGCGCGCUGGAUUUCGUUCUUCUUCGAAUUCACAUUUUCGGUUCAGUACAAGCCCGGGAAGGACAACAUCCUGGCCGACGCCCUGUCUCGGCGUCCAAAUUUCAAACGGACCACGAUCGGUCUUUGGAUGUCCGGUCUUCACGAUCGGAUUCGCGCGGUGUACCCCUUUGACGCUGACUGCUCGUCGCGCCUGGCGGCGCUCACCGACCCCGUUUCCACCUAA